AUGGUUCGGUCUUUUGUUCUUAUUUCAGGCAUCGUCAACAACGCCUAUCACAAGAUCAAGAAGAAGAAGAAACCUCGAAACGCCUCAUUGUCCAUACAAUCUCUUCCGAACGAGGUUCUGGUCCAAGUACUCGCAAGGGUCGCUUCACGCUCUUUUGAUGAUCUUUAUUCAGCCAAGUUAAGUUGCAAGAAUUUCAACGAAAGUGCUCAAGAUGAUCACAUAUUCGAGCAUGUCGACAUUAGCAAGUUCCCGCUGGUUUCUUGGCGCGCAAGUGAAAAACGCACGAGGUUUCUGAAGCGGUGCAGGGAUCUUGGCAAUGCGGAGGCCUUGUACAGGCAAGGGAUGUGCGACCUCUUCACAAGCAAGAGGAUAGAACCUGCGGGGAUCGAGUCUCUGAAGAGGGCGGCCUCAAAGGGUCACGUAGAAGCAACAUACGUGUACGGAGCGAUCUUGGUGUGUUGCGGGGGCGAUUCAAGGCAGAAAGGACUCGAGCUUCUGUACUCACUCAACUGCCACAAAUCGAGAGGGUUAAGCGUGACAGAAUGCCGAGAGAGGAUUAAGGAAUUGAUUUGGAACACAAUGUGGGUUAAUAGGGAAGUAAUAGGUAGAAUUGUAGAAGCGCACGAUGAGAACGCUGCCAUGAAAGCAUGCAACGACUGUGGAGAUCCACAAGGUCCGUACACAAUCAAACAAGGAUGGGAUUUCGAUGACCAUGAUAAAUUCAGUAGCUGUAAUUCAUGCAGAUGGCAUCAAGAAGUAAAUAUAUUUUGUGAUAUAUUAAGUUGUAGGCAUACAAAUUAUGAUUAG